AUGGCUCCCAAAGCCAUCAAAGGGGAAUAUAUUGAGACGGAUACGGGGAACAAAGUGUCUCGUCGGAAUCAGGUCCACGGAACCCAACAUAUCAUUCUGGGCGGGAAGACGGUCAUCCAGGCGGACGUCUGUAUACGCGGUGACCUGUACCGCCAGCAAUCUUCAGCAGCGGCAGCAGCAGCUACAGGAGGGUCAGCUGGGUCGAAAGCCGCCCCCAACACUCCUUCAAUAGCGGUAACUAUCGGUCGGUACACCUAUCUGUCCCGGUCAUGUCUUCUGCGGCCUCCGUCCCGACUCCACCGCGGCGUCCAUUCAUACUAUCCGCUCAAGAUGGGUGACCAUGUGUUCGUUGGGGAGAAUUCGGUCGUCGAAGCAGCAACGGUGGGGAACCACGUCCAUAUUGGACGAGAUGUCGUUGUGGGAUCGAUGGCCAUCUUGAAGGACUAUGUGGUGGUGCUGGACGGAGCGGUUGUUCCCGCGGGCAUGGUCGUACCCAGCUGGUCUGUCGUCGGCGGUGCGCCGGCCAGAGUAGUUGGUGAGGUCGGUGAAGGUUAUGGCGUCGAAGGGGCGGAGGGUGGAAUGGCGAGAGAGAGAUACAGACUCGUUGGGAGGUGA